CCAGGUCAGCAAGAGAGCGUGGAAGUGGAGCAGCUGAGACUCACUGGGGUCUGUCUCUCUCUCCCAGUGGAGCAGCCCAGCAGCAAUAAGCAGCACAGGAGGAGAGUGAUAUUACAAGAAGGGGUAGAGAGAACUUCUGCCACAGAAACACAGUCCUGUCUGUGUAAUGAUCCUCACAGGACUCUUGUGCACAGCCACUUCAGGACUAUCACAGCAAGACAGCAGCAGCAAGGAGACAACACUUGAGCCUGGCAGGGACAUGUGCACUCACUUCUGUGCUGAAGACUUUCUUUCCCAUCUGUGAGGUGGAUGUUGCUUCUGUGAGGCUUUUUUAUCCUUUUUUUUAUUUUCGAGCUUCAGAUUGUGAAGCAGUGGACACUUGGAGAGCGAGUUGUUCUGUCCUGUCAUCUCUGAGACUAUGGUAGACUGUGCGUCAGGGAGCCCUUCAUCAGCAGCUGCAGCCCUAGAGCAUGGAGAAGUCCAGCAGUGAGGAGUCAGCCAUUCACCGUAGCCCUUCCAUAGAUAGCCGUGACUCAGAUUUUGCUCAAGCCUCCACGUCUGGCCGCCCGUUUGGCGGCCGGGGCUUCACUGCCGGAGCAUUCUACGGCUCCACGGGGCCGCGCAAAAACGCACAGCAGGGACAGGCUGGAGCAACAGCGGCAACGGCUGCUGACGCCGGCGCAGGAGACAAGACCAACAACAAGUACAGCUCACCCAAAGGCAGCAAAUACGUAGUCUUUUACCUGGAUUUAUCCUUUGUGUUCCUUUUAGAAUUCAAGAAGUGCAACAUGGCAAGGGGCUGCCUCUGCUGCUUGAAGUAUAUGAUGUUCAUCUUCAAUCUCAUCUUCUGGUUAUGUGGCUGUGGGCUGCUCGGCGUGGGCAUCUGGCUCUCUGUGUCGCAGGGCAGCUUCGCCACCUUCUCGCCCUCCUUCCCCUCGCUGUCCGCUGCCAACAUGGUCAUCGCCAUCGGCGCCAUCGUCAUGGUAACGGGCUUUCUCGGUUGCCUGGGUGCCAUCAAGGAAAACAAGUGCCUGCUUCUGAGCUUCUUCAUUGUCCUGCUGAUAAUUCUCCUGGCAGAGCUGAUAUUGCUCAUCCUGUUCUUUGUGUACUCAGAUAAGGUGAGUGAGAACGCCAAGAAGGAUCUGAAGGAUGGGCUGGCUCUCUACAACUCAGAGAACAACAUCGGCCUGCGGAACGCCUGGAACAUCAUCCAGGCAGAGUGGAAGUGCUGCGGUGUGAUAGCAUACACCGACUGGCACGAGGCCCUGAAGGAGAAGAUAGUUCCUGACCGCUGCUGCCAGGAGCAUUACCAGAACUGUGGGCACAACUCCACAAACAUGUUCUGGAACAGGGGUUGCUUUGAGAAAGUGGAGGAAUGGCUGGAUGACAACAAGCACCUGCUGGGAACCAUCGGCAUGGUCAUCUUGGUAGUGCAGCUCCUGGGCAUGGCAUUCUCCAUGACGCUGUUCCACCACAUCCACAGAACGGGGAAGAAGUACGAUGCUUAGCCUCGAGGGGAGGCAUCCAAUGGAGAGGAGCCCCACUGCCUGAUGGGAUAAGACUCUGAAUUAAACACCCCUGCUCCCCCCCCCUCACUUUACAACCUCUUUAGAGCAUUCUUCGCCCCCCUCUCCUGCCCCACACCCUUCCCUGACCUUCUGUACAGAUUCCAGCUGUGUCCCCGCUCUGUUCUGCUCUCCCCGCUCACCAUUCAUUUUGCCAAAGAGUAACACAACUGGAAGAGAAGGGACACCUACUUUUGGCAAGGAAGAGAAUCCCAUUGGUUGUCACUCCUCUUGAGUACAUUUCUAUUUUAUUUUAUUGUCUUUUUCGCUUGGACUAACAAUUUGCUGGAAGGAAGGACGGACUUUGAGACAAUGAAGACUUUACUAAUGCCCACACUCCCCGCUCCGAGGUGAAGAGAACAUAUAAAAACUGAUAAUACCCUCCACUUCUCGUGGAGUUUCUUUUUCCUCAUGUUGAUUAAAGACAAGCCCCCUUUUCACUUGUAAAUGAAAAGUUCCAACAUGGCAUGCUAGUUUUCUACUUUACUGAUUUACCUUUGUCGUCAAAAUGUCUUCAUUUUUCUUGUUGUUUUUUUGUUGUUUUUUUGUAUGUCAUUGAACAGAUCAGUGCAAUGAGUUUGCAGACGUGUGUGUGUUUGUGGGGUUGGAUUUGACGCUGCUGCAGGGGCACCGACCCGUGGGGAUGGUGUUUAAUGUAAUCCAUAAUUCUUUGUUUUUUUCAUUUGGCUAUAGAGAUUGGGUAAAGCAAGCCUGAUGGAGGAAUGUCAUGUUAGCGUGAGAAAUCAUCAGUGGGUUUACUUUACACCAAAUUCUGCGGUGUCCUCUGAAUAAUAAAUUGUUAUGCACAAAUCUGCCUGUGAACACACACACACACACUUUAUACUGCCACACAGCAGCAGUAUUCCCAUUCCCUGUGAGACGAUACAAAUGGUGUAAAAUGGCUGUUUAUUAGGGCUCCACCAGGACUGUCAAGUGAAGAGAUCUGGGUGAUGUAGUUUCUCCUUUGAGAAUACAGGAUGUUUGUGUGUGUGGGUUCGUGUGUUUUAUCGCACUGUCCAAGCUGCAGAGGGGGAAAAAAAAAGAAAAGCACAAAGAAACAUGGAGCAAAGCAAGGGCAUGAGGGGCAAAAACAGUGCAGACAUGUUGUCUCCCUGCUCCCAUCAAUUGUGUUAGCGGAGGCGGCAAGAGACUUUCUCUUCUAUAUUCUUGAGAUCUCAUCCAUUUGCUCUGCCCUCCUCACUCUUCCUCUCUCUAGCUGUCAACACCCGCCAGCCGCCAUUGUUCUUUUUCCACCCCAAUUUUCUUCCCACAUGUCAGAAAGCAAUGAGCUUUGUGCUUCAUACGUGCAGCUCUGCUGACAUUCCUGCUCAUAAUACACAUUUUGGUUUGAAAUUUCUCUUAUUUUUCGAAAGCUUCCUUCCGAAGGGGGUGGUGGGAGUGUAGGAGGAUCAAAGCUGAGACAGAUAGGUAUGGCAACAUGCCCUAUAGGACAAGCCUGUUUAUGUCUGUCCGCUGCUGAUUCGCUGCAGGAGGCCUGAGCAUCAGCCCGCAUCCCUAAGACUGAAAAUUCUCUACAUCUGCUGUGGCUAGUUAAAGAAAAUGGCCUCCAGUGUGGCUUCAGAACCGCCGUGAGAUUGUCAGAGGUGGCGGUGUAAGAGUAGUUUAUUGUUAAAGGAUCAUUUCAAUUUAAGGCGUCAGAGUUAUGGCUGGUUGUCAUCAAUAAUGAAAACAGUGUAACCACCAAAGUAAACAAUGGCAAUAAAACAUCAGGGGCAAGAAACAAGCAGUCAGACGCUCAGACAGGUUGAGAAUAGUUUAACCAGAUUAGCAGCAAUUUUAUUUAGAGAACAAAGUGAGUGCUCAGCAAUAAUCUCCCAAUGCACAAACAACCUGACCGCACAUCUACGGCAAGUACAACAGGUCAAGUCACUUUGUAAACUGAUGAUGAUGUUUUCACAGUUAUGAUUUCACUGGUCACCUUUUUUUUUUCUCUUUCAAAAUAAGUUUGAUUCAUUUUGUUGAAAACCCAUAUGAUCGCCUUGUCUGCUCAUGUUCCUCAAGCUGAUAAUCAGACUGAGCUGGCCUUUUUACACAGAGGACAUUUUGACCUGUCACAGUAGGAAAAGCACAAGUGUAAAUAAUGAAAUUACUGGCGGCUGAAAUUGAUUUAGCUGCUUUGAUUUCAGGUUCCUGGUGACGCACGUUUGCUCACUGUCACUCCCACUGGCAUACUCCAAUAGAAUAGCGUAUCGAUGAUGCUUUUUCCUACGAUGACAAGUCAGAAUGUCUGUGAGCAGGAAAGCCAAAGGUAUGAUGCUUCAUUUCAAUACUUCAUGAUAUGAGCCAUACAAAUGUAUCGCAAAGUUUGACCAAAUUUAAAGAAAAUCGGCAAAAGAUAAUGCAAAUAAAUGUUUGUUUCUAAUCACUACAGUAAUGCGAUUAUUUGGAGUUGGUAAAUAGAGAUCGGCAGUAGGUGGCGCCAAUUCUCGUGUCUGGAAACCAAUGCACCGCUGCAGCAGACGGAUGAUGUAAUUAAAAGACCUCCAGUUGAAUUUCAAAUGGUGAAAAACAAUGUAGAAGACUCAGUGUAAUCAUGAGACGUCUUUUUAUUUCAUGUAUUAAUGUGAGGAAGGUUACAUCAGAUAAACAUCAAAAGAAACUAAACUAGUGGGCAUUGAAGUCACAUGCUUCAUGUCCUUAAUCAUUUAUGCAAAGGAAGCGCACCUAUCAUGUUCAUAUUAUCUCCAUUAUUUCUGUAUGGGAGGAUGGGGUGUUAUUUUCCCUUCCGCCAACAGUAACUUGCAUCACUGAUGCAUCAUUUCGACACAAACACAAUAACGAGGAGAUGUUGGCAUGUUUCAAAAUGGUCUCAUAAAAAAAGUUAAUUCAAAAGCCUUGCACACCCACACAGGUGUUUUUAAUUACCCUGGCUGAUUAGACCCAUCCAUUGUGUGAAUUUUGGAGGGCACUAUGUGGUGCAGAAAUUUCACACUCAGAAUUUAGAAACUGGAAUCAGUAAAAAAUAAAAAACAGUGCUCUAAAAGCAUAAGGGGAGUGAUUUCAUACAGCCAGAACCUAUUUUUCUGGCUGUGAAACAGGAAGAUUGUCUUGUUUGUUCCUCCAACAAUCAAAAAAGAGCCGUCAUUGAGUUUUUCCAAGAGGUCAAAAAACGAUGUGGGCAUGUGGACAGCAAUUCAAGAGGCUUAAUACCAGGCUAUGUGUUUCUGGCCUCAUCAGACUUCUUCUUAAAAGCCACAUUCCCAAAUCGCGGCAAAAAACAGUGCUAUUAUUGUUAGAGAUGGUGGCCAAAAACCAAGUUGUAAUAAAGUGGAAUUAUGAGGAGAAAACAGGUGACCAUGUGUUUGCUGCUGUUGAAAACUGAAUAGAGAAAUCAUUGGGACCAGAAGUGGCUGUGUUAUAAAAUGUCUCCAAGGUAGGAGAGCUUGGAUGAAGCCUUGGAACUCUGUGCACCGUAGACUGUGCACCGCUGUAACAUGGGCACAUCAUUUCCCACCAACAUUCAGUGACUAGACAUUCUCAGACAUGCCUCCGAUUAUCACCUGAAGUCAUUCUUAACUUUAAUUUUAAUUGGUUUGAUAAUGAUUUAAUCUGAGAGACACAGUUUUAGGAAGGGGUUUGUGCAGCAGGGAGCAACAGAUUUGGGUUGUGAUGUGCAGCGACCCUGCUGGCUGUGAUUCACUGCCUGCCCCCAUAUGCUCCAACUCUUCUUGUUGUGUCCACGGGGGGAACAUGACAGCUGUUGAUGUACAGCGCAGGCACGAGUGGCCACAUCUCCUCUGCUUGGCUGCCUCCACAAACUCUCUACACAUCCCUUAUUUACUGCCCUGCUCUGCAGCAGACACCCGGCGCUACAUAUACAGUAGCUGGCAGCGCUGACACUGUGGAAAUACAGCUGUGCUCUUUAGACGCCUGGAAGCAGCUGUGAGGUAUACCGUGCACCCGGGAGGGGUUAUAGAAGAAAUAGCUGUAACUGGUUCUGUAAAUCAGACUGCAUUGUAAACGUUACUGCAGGCAAGAGGUUCAGAAGAAACCCAAGAUAAAUAUUUUGUUGUGGUGCUUCGUCUUGCAUUGGGUGGAAAAGCGUUUAAAGGCAUAUGUCACUGAAAAAAUGGGAGACUAUCAGAAAUAAAACAAAACCAGUCCCCAAAUCUGACGUCAUACUUCAGAGACGGAGCCAGUAAACUCCCCAACUCUUUGCCCCCGACUGAUCUGACUGUGCUGACAUUCUGACACGUUCUCCUCUGUGUGAACUCCCGUUCAGCUCCGCCACUGUCACCUAGAUUUCAUGGUUUUGUCAGAGGAAAUGUUUCUUCAUGUUUUUUUGGAAUGCAGGGAUGAAUGGCGUUUUAACAAAAGCUGUUUAAUGAUGUUAUUUUUGUAUAUUGGUUGUUGCUGUUUUAAUGUUUGUUUUUAUACGAUAUGCUGUUUUUUUUUCUUGAUGUAGGCUGUUUUAAAUGGCUUUUAAUUUUUUUUCUUUUUUGUCAUUCAUGACAGACCCUCAUUGUCGCAACAUGACACCAUUAAGCAUUUGUUUCACAGAGGAUUAGUCUCUGCAAUGUUCAUCUACAAGGUGCAAAAACGCCUUUCUGUCUUAACAUUGCUACAGGCAGUUCAAGCAAUUAAGUCAGAAUUGAUAAAGAGGGAAAAUUUGGCACAUGGCAUCGGGUGAAGCCUGCACGCUUGUCGCCGUGCUUCUCUGUAUUAAGUUUAAUUAAAUUAGGACCUGCUGGUUUAAUCUGCAGUAUGUCUUUUUAAAACUGCCAGUGUAAGACCCAUUAUGUAUUUCUAGAGCAUGAUCUAUUAGAUGGCACUGUACAACACAGAGCUCAUGUCACUACAGUAUAUCAGGCCUGUGCGUUAGCCCGGGAUGUAAAUAUGCUAAUUUCACAACUGAUGUAACUUACUGUUAUACUUUAACUCUGCCACUUGUAAUCACAUUUACAUUGACAGUUUAAUAGCCAUUGUGAAUGACCUAACAACCCAUGCUCUUUUGCGCUAAUAUGCAGACAUAUCUUCCAGAGCCCGACCGAUACCAAAUUUUUGGGGCCGAUACUGAUUGUAAAAAUUCUGCCGAUAUAGUAUAUAAACAAGUAGCUUGUUAAGUUUGGUGUCUUGUGUCCCAAAAUGCUGAAUUUCCUUGACGCCAGCUGUAUUUUGCUGCAGUGACUUUAAGCUCUUGUCCCCCGUUUUGAUUGAAACUAUAAGAUUGACAUGCUGUUUGCCAAGGGGUUGAAAGACAGAGCACACUAGAUAACGAUAUGAUGACACCUUUUUUAAAUUACCUGCAUUAUAUUCUUUAAAAAAAUAUAUUUUAAAAAUCAUAUCGGCACUCAUCAAACAACAUUUAUGCCGAUACCGAUAUAUCUCUGAUAGGCCAAUAUCGGUGGAUAAAAUCGUCUGACUAAUAUAUAAUAUCGGUCGGGCUCUGAUAUCUUCCACCCAUAUGUUAUCCAUUCUUUCACGUUUGAUGUUUUUCUGCCUCUGUGAAGUGCAGGAUUUGAUGUAAAUUUGUGUUUUUGUCAGUAUGGUUUUAAUUUUUUAUUUGCAUCUUGUAGUAAAACACAGUUUUUCUGUUUUUUUUUUUAAUUAUUAUUGUUUGGAAGGAGUUAAAAGUAUUCGCUCUUAUCCAUGGAAGCACUCCCAGUAAGCCACAGAGCUGGCAAAGGAAGAAUGCACAAGCAGUAAUUGGGUUUUGUCUGCUGUGAUGAAGCUAUUUUUUUUUUAUUUUAUAUUUUUUUGCCACCUUCGACACAUUAUUUCUGUAAUCUCCUAAUCCUGCCCCCGUGCUACAGCUGAAUAUCUGAGCAGUGGAAAUGUAUGCUCUAGAAAUGGUGUGUUUGAUGUUGUGUUCUGCUGGGUGGCACUAUCUGAUACCUGCCAGCCUUGUCCUGUGGAGUUUUCUGCUACAUGUGAAAGCACUCUGAAUAUCUAUACUAGGUGGUGCACUACCUUCUCUUUAUUCUCUAAAUCAACUAUUUUUUAAAUAAAGGAAAGAGUGUCACAAAAUCCCUCGAUACCGUACGCUCAUUGCCUUUCAUGUUUAAUGACUUGAUGCUCCUGAUGAAUUCCCUUUUUAUGUCACUGUCAACUAUAUAUGCAGCAUUUACACAGUGUUUGAUGCUGAAAUUUUAGGGAGAAUUGGCAUGAAAAGCAAAGUGAAGCGGUGUCACAGCAGAUCCCAUGGUGUAUUAUAUGAAAGAGACUGACAUUGCCGCCUUAAAAUGGCCUCCUUUUUUUUAAAAGCAUAAUAAAAACCUGAGGGACUGUUGUCCUAAAGAUGCAGAAAGGAGCUAAUAGUCAGCCAGUCGAGCAGAGGGGUUUUUUGUAAAAGAACAAAAAAGGGAGAUGAUGAAAGUGGGAGACCAACGCCAAUUUGUCUCUCGUUUCUACAGCAUGGGGCAAGCAGCAAAGUAUUUUUGUAUGAAGCUUUAUCCCUUUUUUUAACCUAAUUGUUAUCAGGCCCAUGUGUGAUAGUGAGUGGAGUUUAUUGUGCCAUUCCAUCCUGGCUUUUUGUUUUACAUCACUGUUCCUUCUAUGCAAAAAUAUGACCUAUUUUAGCCUUUGUACAGAUUAUUUUGUAUGAGUAACAUGUACUGAAAUAAAGUAAACAGAAUCAACCAUA